AUGUACUACAUGUUCAUGUACUACGUGUUCAUGUACUACGUGUUCAUGUACUACGUGUUCAUGUUCUACGUGCUCAUGUACUACGUGCUCAUGUACUACGUGCUCAUGUACUACGUGCUCAUGUACUACAUGUUCCUGUACUACAUGUUCCUGUACUACGUGUUCAUGUACUACAUGUUCCUGUUCUACAUGUUCCUGUUCUACAUGUUCAUGUACUACAUGUUCCUGUUCUACAUGUUCAUUUACUACAUGUUCAUUUACUACAUGUUCAUUUACUACAUGUUCAUGUACUACAUGUUCCUGUUCUACAUGUUCAUGUACUACAUGUUCAUGUACUACAUGUUCAUUUACUACAUGUUCAUUUACUACAUGUUCAUGUACUACAUGUUCAUGUACUACAUGUUCAUGUACUACAUGUUCAUGUACUACAUGUUCUACAUGUUCAUGUACUACAUGUUCUACAUGUUCAUUUAA